AUGUGUUACUAUAGUGAUAUUAUUACUUUCAAACGUACUUGGAGCCUUACGAUUCCUACUCACACUCGUCAUCCCGUCGUCAACCACAUACCACUAGACAAACAAUUGUCGAAAGAGGGACAUACUACUUAUCUCCACGAUUUGAGUGACUUUUAUGAAAUCACCGAAAUAAAAGUUAAUGAAGAGGUUGUUCAUCACUGCAAAAUUACUGAUUUUCAGUUUGGAGGUGAUGGGGAGCUGGAUCCGCUAUGCAAACUAAUUGUAGAUAAAGUCAAUACUGCAUAUUAA